AUGUCUUACAAAAGUCCUGUUUUACAAAAUUCUCUAUAAUUGUUGUCUGAGAUCAGAAGUUCAUUAGCUAAUUCAGGGAAGUAAUCAUCAAAUCCAAAAGGAAUAAAAAAAUAAGUAAAAUUAAGAUGUAAUUUUUGAGUUAUGUGUAAUUUGAAUAUGAUUAACAAGAAGAACCCAGAAUUUAUCCACCUGAAUGUAUGAGAGUUGAGAAACAAGUUGGAUAAGUGAGUUCCGCGAAUUUAACAGAAGAAAUACUUGAUUAUUUGAGGAUUAAUUAGAAGUCAUUUGAAAAGUAGUGCAGUGAAAUUGAAAAAUAAAUAAAAGAAUUAGUUGAAAACAUUGAAACUGAAGAUGAAGUGGAACCUAUUUAGUCUCGUAAGCAUUAAAAGAGGAAUUGAUUAUUAUAAUAUUGCAAUUAUUUAAUUUUAC